AUGCGGGAGGGAGAGAGCAACAGCAACAGCAAAGAAUCCUUCUCUGGAACCGGGGGGAUGGCUGCUGACUCGUUCUUCGCAGUAACCAGAGAGAGAGAGAGGAAACGAUCUCAACGGGGAUUUGUGAAGGGUGAAAUUCUGCCCCGGCCCCCACCCAGCAGCAGCUUUGAGGCCCUUAGCGGCUGGGCAGCGCUGGGCAGGGAAGAACACUGGACGACCAAGCACAAGAAGCCCUCGUAG